GGAGGGGAGGUGGGGUUUGCCUCCCCCUGCGAUGAUGUCAAUGUCACACAUGUCCCAGGAUUUUUAAACGUGCUCACCGCGAGCCACUCUUUUCGUGUUACGGUGUCUUUGAGGACAGAAAACAAACCUAAGCUCUAUUUGAAGGCAGAGCACAACACACGCCGAUCCGAGACCCUCCGCGCGAGGGCAUACAAAUCCCACCGGCGGGGGCUCUCAUUGGAUUGGCCGCGCCGGUCUGUCAAUCACGUGACGCUCUUCCUUCCACUACCUCUCCUACAGUAAAUAUUUGUGUUUGGCUGUAAUGGUGGACGACUGAGGCAGAGAGACGGAAUACAACUAGAGUGAAGACAGAGAGGAAAACGGUCGAAAGUCUGUUCCAGAGCCGCGAGUAGGACACGGGCUUCGUCGAAAUAAUGGAUGAACUCAAACAUCAAGUCAUGAUUAACCAGUUCGUCCUGACGGCGGGUUGUGCGGCGGACCAGGCGAAGCAGCUUUUGCAGGCGGCACAUUGGCAGUUUGAGACUGCCCUCAGUGUCUUUUUUCAAGAAACAAAUAUUCCAUAUGGCCAUCAUCAUCAAAUGAUGUGCACCCCAGCCAACACACCAGCGACGCCCCCCAACUUCCCUGACGCGUUGACCAUGUUCUCCAGGCUGAAGGCGUCCGAGAGCUUUGGCAGCGGCGGCGGCAGUCCCAUGGCCGCCUCCAUGGCCACCUCCCCCCCGCCCCCCCAGGUCGGCUGCUGGGGGGUCUUACCAAACGUACCUAAUGUGCCGCAACCCCCACGGGGACUCUGGACUCACGGGCAGCCCCUCACGCAGCCCUGCCACGCUUGGCCUACGGGCGUGAACAGCCACGCGGGCACCGAGCAAAAGGCCAGCGUGGCGAUGGAGGCUGAGAGAUGAAGGGGCCGCACGGGACUGAAGAGCCCCCUCCCCCCUCCCCCCCGACGAGGGGCGGGAUCGGGGAAAUGAAAGCCGGGCGGUGGGUAGGUUGGGAGAUGAUAAUGGGUAGAAAUGGGUUUUGGACGAAUGAGAUGGAAACUACGUAGACCAAGAAAACUCAACGUGGACAAAUUAAGAAGAGCAGAAAACCAAUGCAAAUCUCGAUAUAUAUAUAUAUAUAUAUAUAUAUAUAUAUAUAUAUAUAUAUAUAUAUAUAUAUAUAUAUAUAUUAUUAAAAAAAAGAUAUGCACACGCAUAGUAAUAAGAGAGCAACUGAAAUCUUUGUUCGCUUUUCCUAAGUAAAUGCAUAGAUAAGAAAAUAUUAUUGAACUCAAAAACAAAAUAAAUUGUCACGCCCAAGGAUUCUAUGUGAUGUUCAAGGACAUUCAAGGCAGCGAACUUAACUUUCUGUUUCUUGUUUAGUUUAUUUUUUAUUUUUCCUUCUCCAUCUUUUCAGCCAGUGUUUUUUGCCGCUGGUGUUCUGUGUUUCUGCAACUGUCGGUUCUGCAUGAGAAGAGAGGAACUUGAAGUGCAGUGUUCAACACUCGAUCAACACCGCACUCCAGUGUGAGUGUGUACGCAUGUGAGCGGGUGAUCAGUUUGUAAUCAAAAAUGUAUACACAUUUUGGGCCACGGACACACACACAAACACACACACACACACACACACACACACACACACACACACACACACACACACACACUAGCGUUUAGAGGAAACGCCUCCAUACUGUCAUUCCCAUUGUUAAAGGUGGGACUUUUCUUACCUCACCUGGUGGUCACCUGACUUCUUUCAGCCAAUCAGGGAUUCUUCUAAAACCAACUGUUGCUGCCACAGGACGUGUUUUUAAAGUUUUUUUCUUAAAGGCAGCGGUCACUCUGGUUCAUGCUCACUGAUCCUUGCAGCGAUGGCAGUUUUAAACCUGGACUCGGACAACACCUUUCCACUGUAUACUUUUUUUUUUUUACUAUAGAUAUUUGGGUUAUCGCAAGAAAAAUUAUAAAUUGUGGUUUAUAUAAUAUUGUUUGUAAUGCUUAAUUGUUCUGUUUUUGUUGAAAGGUUAAGGGGAGGUGGCUUUGAAAAAUGGGGGGAGGGGGGGGAACUUCAUGUUGAUCUUAUGUUUUUUUGGAAAGAGUGAAUCAAACGCAGCUAAAAUGGCUACACAUUUAAAAGAAGAAGAAAAAACACGACAUCUUUGUAAACAAAAUUGCCACUUUGCAUGAUGUGUUCAUAACAUGUAACUUGUUUUGUAGCAAACACACAUGAGGUCAAGACAUGUUUAUUGGGGGGGGCUGUGGGGGGCGGGGCUAAUAUAGAUGCAAACAGUCCCAUCAGCAGUGUCUCAAUGUGGAGGCAGAAGUGUCUUGUUGGAUAUGAGAACCAUAAAUGUGUGUGGGGCAGCUUUGGGGACACUGCAGACUCCUUUCAGAUAUACCAUCUGAUCCUGUACUGCAGAGGGUGUGUUCAACAGUAAGGAAUGACCCUGAUGUUUGGCAAUAUUUUAAAUACCAGGUCUGCCCUUUUUUAGUUUGUUCCUGUUUGGAUUAUUUUUUCAUUUGAUACAAGAAGAGAGUGUAAGAAAAGAUAUUUUGAAUAGCUGAGGGCCUUUUUUUUCCCAAAAGAAGAAAAAAAAAAAAAAAAGAAAUGGGGAAAUGAUGGAUAUAAUUAACCAUUAAUUAGCAACUUCCUUUUUUAUUAUUUAGACUAAACUAAUGUUUGAGUUUGUCCUUUUCCAUGCUUCAUACUUUAUUUGGUUAAAUCAGAGCGUUUCUGGGUGGGCCUGUUCCUAAAUGGUUUCUCAUGUAUGUUUCCCCACUUGUAUGACUGUAUGAGACCAUUCCCACAAUAUUUGUGGACUACCUGAUAAUUAACUUAUCAUUUUUGUGAACCUUAAUAAAUAUUGUAUGUCAACCUAA